AUGGGAAGUAAGUCAUCGAAAGGCCGGGUGACGGAUCACGUGGCCUUUUCUACGAAUCCGAAUCCUCUUCCGAAUAUCGUCAUAACCAAGCCGACGCCCUUAAACAGUCCCGAGAGUCCUAAACCUUUUGCUCCACCACCUUCACCGACAGCCAAUUAUUACUAUCCUGAACAACCACCUCACAGAGCACCUCCUCCCACUCCUUUGCACAUAAGUUCGAUGGACUUAGCUUCUGCUGAGACGGCAAUUUUAGCUGGAACCCCACCGCUUGAUAGACCACCAGAUAGACCACCACCACCUCCUCCAGUCGAGGAUGAUGAACCUCCGGCACAUCCGUCACCGUUCCCAAAAUUGACAGAGACUGCAGUUCCUGUCCCAACUCCUCGCACUGGCUUACCCACUAUCAAAAGAAAUAUUAUUUAUGCAAAAGAUAAAAUAGCUCAAUUCGAAGCUUUGAAUACAACUGAUCGGAAAAAAGAGAAUGGCUAUACAACACCUACCGACCAAACUUCUAAGUAUUAUUCUGUUAAACAGAGCAAUGGCGAAAUCCCGGAACAGAAUUCUCGAUUUAAGCCUUUUAACUCGGCGAAAACCCCUCCUCCUCCUCCAAUCAGUGCCUCCACACCAGCUGCAGUCAAAAAGCUGGAUAACUACCCUGUUUAUAACCCUGUAACGGAUUUCACAUUCAAAAGUGGUCAAACAUUCCAACGAACAACCCAUCCUGUUGAAUCAAAUCGGAUAAACAUUGGAUUUUUUGGAAGAAAAAAUUCUGGAAAGUCAGGCAUCAUCAAUGCUUUGCGUGGAAUGGAAAAAGGAGAACUUCAAGCAGCUGGAAAGACCUCAUCAACGACAAUGGAACCAUUUAAAUUUGCUCAAGCUGAGUUUCUUACAGUUGUCCUGUGGGAAAUUCCAUAUCCAUCUUUCACAAACAACGUAGUUGAUGUUUAUGAUCGUAAUAUGAGUUUCGACAAGAUGUACGAAACUCACAAACUUCAUCUAUUCAAUCACAUUUUCGUAAUGAUUCCUGAUGGAUCUCCGAGCAACGAUGACAUUUCCUUUACAAGAAUCGUUCACUCAAGACGAACUCCAAUAACUUUCAUUUUUGCCAAAACGGACGAAGACUUAGAUGCGGAGGGAAGAGAACAAAAUCGGCAGAUCGAUGAUAAACUGAAGAAAGAGUAUGAAACGAGAGCUCGCUCUGUCUUUGUAAGAAAUGUGAUUCAACGCGGCCAAGUAUUGCGAGAUAUCGAUAUGAUUUUCAUAUCCAGUCCUGUCAUUCAGAAUAUUCUGUGCGGAACUACAGAUUAUCUUCAUUAUAAAAUGGAUGAGAUGGAUUUGAUAAGAGAAGUCAAGUUAAGACCAUCGUGUCACUUUUCACUUGAACAGAAACGAAGAAGAGAAAAAGAAGAUCUAUCAUCUUCAUCAUCUCAUUACGAGGAAACUGAUAUCUAUAUAGCUAGAAGACCGGAUAAUAUCUAUAAAUCGUCUUCAUUUGCUCCUUCUUCUUCACCAAUUGGUCUGGUGAAAGCUCCAGAGAAGUCAACAACACUUGUCGAUGCCGGAUUUGAAAUAUUGUAUGGAACCGAUGAUCGCGUCUUCGGAAAUAUGGAGCCACAGACAACAGUCCGAAGAGCAGGAAAAACAGCAUUUAAUUAUGGGUUUAUCGGUGGUAGCGGUGUCGGAAAAUCGGCAAUUAUCAAUGCUCUGCGAGGUAUGACAUCAAGACAUCCAUUAGCAGCUGGAAAGACAAGAUCGAAAGCUGGAAACUGUGAACGUUUUGAGUUUGAGGAUGAGUUACUCAAAUACAAUGUUACAUUAUGGGAAUUGCAUUAUCCCAAGAAAAUUAAUUCUUAUUUCGAAUUUAUUGAUCGUAAUAACUUUUCUACAUUCACAGCCAUAUUUGUGCUCAUUAAUGGUAUACCCUCUGAUCAGGAUUUAUCAUUUUCAAAAAUUGCUCAUAGACGUAAUGCUUCUGUUGUAUUUUUGUCCUCAAAAAGUGAUAAAAAGCUAUCAGCCAGAAGUCGAAGUGACGAAAUUCCAGUUUGUGAUUUGUUGAAGCAGAGAUUUGUUGAUAAAGGAAUAGCACGAUUUGAUCGAGCUUUAGCUGUAAGUGCUCCUGAGUUAAGUGGUCGUGUUCAUACGUUCUUUGUAUCAGCACCUGUCUUCUAUGCUCUCCGUAAAGGUGAUCCACGUGGUCUUCAAUUCAGUCUUCAUGAACGAGCCGUCUUUGAUUUUCUGAAACAGAAGAGAAUCAUUGCGGAUUUACUGGACACGCCAGCCAAUUUUAAAGAAGGAAUUUAUGCAAAUGUCAACACGGACACAGCCGGUGUUAUCACGAAAUAA